AUGGCCGCCCCAUCGCAACAAGCCAACCGUAGCGGCGGCCCGCCGUCCUCGUCCUCGCGGACCAUGGUGCAAACGCCACAGCCCUCGACCGCUCAGCCCUCGGCGACCCAGACGCAGACCGAGACGCCGGCGGCGGCCGCCCAGCCGAUCCUGCGGCUCCGGGGCGCGCACGCGUCCUCGGCCGGCCCGCGCGUGCAGUGGGCCGAGAACGUCGUGGACAACGAGGGCCUGGGCCGCAAGAGCAGCAAGGUGUGCUGCAUCUACCACGCGCCGCGGGCCGUGGGCGAGUCGAGCUCCGAGUCGUCGUCGUCAGACUCGGACGACAGCAGCUCGUCGGACUCGGAGUCCGACCGCGCGCGGGGCACCGGGCGGAGGAGGGUCGGCGACGGACACGGACACGGACACGAGCACGGCGAGGGCUGCUCGCAUCACGGGCAUGGUGGUGGUGGCGGUGGCGGUCGCGCAAGUAAGAGGAACGGAGACGGCUCGGGCGGCCGGCGGAGGAGGAGACCCAGCCCGAAUGCUUACGAGAAGCAACCGAAGCCACGGCCGAAGGACGGGGGAGGGAGCUCCGGGCCUGGCGGAUCGCGGGCGGCGUAG